AUGGAUGUGUCUCACAUCAUAUUAGGCCGUCCAUGGCAAUAUGAUAGAGAAGUUAUCCAUAAUGGUAAACUCAACACAUAUUUGUUCAUGUUCCAAGGACGCAAAAUCACUCUACUACCGUCUCCGGAUGCCGACAAUAUUCCUCACGAUACUAAGCAACAAAACGCUACACAACAGAAUCUCCUCAUCAUAUCAAAAUCCCAAUUUGAAGAGGAACUUCGUGAGUCUUGCCCACUGUAUGCGUUAGUAGCAAUCGAUGCAACACCAUCACAAACCGUGGUUAUUCCUCCCGCGUUUACAACAGUCAUCAAGGAGUUUCAGGACCUAUUCCCAGACGAGCUGCCUGCCGGACUACCUCCUCUCCGAGACAUACAUCAUCACAUUGAUCUGGUGCCAAAUGCCGCCUUGCCUAAACGCGCUCACUAUCGCAUGAGCCCCGAAGAACAUGAAGAGUUACGGCAUUAG